AUGGCAUACUCUCAGCCGCAUCCCAGGCUCUCUGUUCUCUCCAAUUCUUCCCUUUCGUCUGUAGAACAUCUCUCACCGACCACGAGUUCUCGCUAUUCUAUUCCUUCGGCUCCAUCCAUAAACACGGCUCUCGGUACCAAUAAACAGGCCCUCUCGAGACCAAACAUAUAUGACAGAAACCUCAACAAACCUCGCGUGACUGAUGUCUCUGGCGCCGCUUUCAGUUUUCUCUUCUCGGAAAUAGUGCAGUACACCCAAAAACGCGUUAGUGGUAUUAAUGAUCUCGAACGCCGACUAAAUACUCUCGGCUAUCGCAUCGGCACUCGCGUCCUUGAGCUCAUGGUAUGGCGUGCAGAAUCAUCCUCCAAGACUCCGAAACGAGAAAUACGGCUCCUGCCUUCCUUGAUGACUAUUCACACCCAAGUAUGGCGGGCCGUCUUUGGAAAGCCAGCGGAUGCAAUCGAAAAGAGUGUCGAGAACGCAGAUGAAUAUAUGAUCAUUGACAAUGACCCACCCAUCGAGCGACAUAUCUCCGUUCCCAAGGACAUGAGUCAAUUAAGCUGUUCGUCCUUCACCGCGGGUAUCGUUGAAGCCGUAUUGGACGGGCUAGGCUUCCCCGCUCGCGUCACCGCACACAGUACACCCACAACUCAAUUUCCCACACGAACAACGAUUUUGAUUAAACUGGAAAAGUCGGUUCUUGAACGAGAAGAAUUGCUCAAGCAAUAA